GGUGAAUUGAUAUUUCUAACUGGAUUAUAAUUCCCACAUUUACGGAAACUGGCUAAUUGCUGGAGGGAAGAGAGGUUAAGAAAAAAAAACCAAAGGAAGAGGGAACGUUUGUAUUUCUCUUUCUAAUAUUCACUUGUAUGAGGAUCGUAACUGACUAAUCUCUGGAAGAGCUGGACAAGCGGGGGGCAGCAUGCCUUGUUUCACUGGAUGAUAACUGACUAAUUGCCUCAUCUUUUAGAGUGUGGGGAGACUACAUCCUGAACAGCAUCUGUGCCACUCCUCCACAUGUGGUAUUGCAGAGGCUGGGAUCUGGCUAAUAUCUGGAAUUCUUGAUUCAUAACAGUGCCCUAAGAAACUGGACUCUCCUCUGUAUUGUGGGUCUACACACAGCCCUCCCCUGGGACCAGGUAAUCUCUGGAGUGUGUCUGGCAUGUUUUGCUUCUGCCUGCAGAGUUCGCUGCUGAAGCUCCAGGCGCUGGAGGUGGAGGGGGGGCCCUCGCUGGGUCCGUCCCCAGAGGAGAGCCCCCCUGCCCUGGGCAGCAAGGAGCAGAAGAGCCCCUGUGGCCCGGUGGAGCUCGGAGGGAAGGAGAGGAAGACGCUGGCUCUGUGCCACAGCAUCCCUGCUGAUGAGAACAGCCCGCCAGAGCUGCUGACAGUCCUGUCCAGACCUCCGCAGUCUCCAAGACACCAUCCGUUAACUGCCAUCCACCCUGGCCAGCAGCCCCUGACCCCUGACGGAGCGCUGCCCCCGAGCCCUCACCACUCCCCCUACUCCCCCCAGAGGAGCAGCCCCGGAGGUGAGGGAGGAGGAGGGGGAGGAGACGGAGGAGGUGGAGCUCUCCUCCAGCUGCUAGCAGGCGGUCCCAGCCCUCUGCCCUCCCCCCGCUGCCCCAGCCUCAGCCACAGGUUCAACUCCGACCCCGACACUGCACCGUCACCGCCCUGCAGCCAGCAGUACAUACUGUGAGUCUCACCUGUCUGUUGUCGGGGUCGGGACAGGCCGAGGGUCUGAGGCGAGUGUCCCUCCUCCAUCCCGUUUCUCAGCAGACAGAUUCAGACCUUGAAGAAGAAGUCCGCAGGUUCGAGGAUCAGUUUUGAACAGGAGAUGAACUACAAGCCGUCCCACAACGAUAAAUACUCCAACCCAGAGAUGAUCCGAGUGAUGAGUGAGCUAGCGAUUGCUCGCAAACAUCUCAAAGAGCUGAGACUCAGGCAAUCGGUGUUUGAGUCGAAGGAGCCGGAGGGUCCUGAAAACAACUGCAGGUACGUCUCCGGCCAGCAGGGGGCAUCAGAGCACAAACCCACACUGGAGGAAACGGUGGAGUCUCUGUUCAGACGACUGAGAGAGAAGAGACAAGCUCUGGGCCUGCCGGACAACAUGAAGGAGAUGACUCAGGCUCAGAUGGUGCUGGAGAAGAUCACUCUGCAGAAAUGUCUGCUGUACUUUGAGAGUCUGCACGGCCGGCCGGGAACCAAACGGGAGAGGAACCUGGUGAAACCUCUGUACGACAGAUACCAGAUGAUCAAACGUUUACUGUGUGCCAGCCCGACCAUCACCACCAUAGAGGAAGAGGACGGUUCUGAUGAAGACUCAAUGAGCUCAAUGACCCCAACAGUCAUCGAACUUCCCGUGCCGCCUCCGCGCAGAGUGGCCCGAGCGGCUGCCGGCGAGGAGGACAGCGACCGGGACAGCGACCCCGCCUUCGUGUCUCCGUUAGACGAGGUGAAAGCUGUCCAUCAGCAGCCUGUGCUCACCAUGGCCAACCUGCACGAAGCAUCCAGGUCUCAGCUGCUGCAGUGUCUGCGGGAGACCAGGUCGGAGAAGAAGACGAGGCGUAAAGCUCUGAGAGAGUUUGAGGACGAGUUUUACCGUCAGACUGGAAGAAUCUGCCAGAAAGAGGAUCGAACUCCGAUGAAGGAGGAGUACCAGGAAUACAAACAGCUCAAGGCUAAACUCCGCCUGCUGGAAGUCCUCCUCAGCAAACAGGAAGUCACCAAAAUCAUUUGAGAGGAACCAGAAACUUCCUUAAACCCCAAAACUGUCCAUGUGAUUAUCUGAAAGGAGAAAAGAAGAUCGGAAAGGACGCGCUCCGGAGUAUAGAAACUCAUUUAUGCACCAAAUACACUCCUUUCCGUUACGUUUUUAAGCUACUUUUGCUGAUUCCUGUUUUUUCUGUGCACAACGAAAUCCUCCUAUUUCAGAAACUUGUAGAAGUCGAUAAAUAAAUAUUUUUCUUUAAUUCGAUCAUUUUAACUCUCGGAGAGUUAGAUGCUUUGAUUGAUUAACCUGAUAAAUAUGAAGCUACAGCCAGCAGCUGGUUAGAAUAGCAUAUACAGGAAACGGGGAAACAACAAGCCUGUCUGUCCACGCUAACAUUACAGUUACUGUGCUAAUGUUAUGGUAAUACGAAACAUUAAUGCUAGAAUGUUACAUAAACAUUUCCAUUUGAAUUUACCAUAACAUGUUAAAUGCUUCAUGCUAACAUGCUAAUGUUAGACCUAUGACAGUGUUAAUAUAACAUCUUCUGUUCAAACUAGCAUAAAUAAAUGGUUCCAUUUGAAUGUUAACAUGCUAAAUGUUUCAUAUCCAAUGUUUGCUUAGG